AUGGGAUUACAAUCAUAUGCUAAAGUAAGACGAAAAAUGCAUGAGAUGGCUGUUAAGCAAAAACUGAUCACUGAACAGGAUCCAAAAGGUUACGGACUUCUACAUCUAUCAUCCGAGGAAAAGCGGGCAUUACUUCAGGAGGGCUACAAAUUGCCAACGACGUUACCAUUAACAAAAUCUGAGGAGGAAGCGCUGAAAGUUAUCAGGCGGAAAAUUAAAAAUAAGCUGUCUGCACAGGAAAGUCGUCGAAAACGAAAGGAAUAUAUGAAUGCGCUUGAAAAGAAAAUUCAAUAUUACCGUACUGAAAAUUCAGCGUUGAAAUUGAAGGUAAAAGAUUUGGAGCAAAGGAAUCGUAGUUUAUCCAACGAAUUAAGUAAUUUCAAAAUAUCAAUUGCAUCAAAUAAUAGAACGGGACAUGUCUAA